UCACGAAAGCUUUAAAUCGAAAUUUACACACACUCUACCCUGAAGCCCUCUCGUCGUGGCUGGCAGACUCCGAAAUUGGCAUUUAGCUCCUCGACAUAUUGCCCCGUGCAAGAAUAAGUAAUAUUUUUAAAACAUUUUUUUAAAGACGCUUUAAUGAAAUGUACCGUACGAGUAAUGGAAGAACUUCACGACUCCAGGAAGUGGCCACGAAGUUUGCCACAACGAAAGGGGACCGUGUUUCAAUUACAGCCAACGUCGGUUUCCCGUGGACAAUUAGACACAAGCCGAAACAUAACAUAUCAAUUUUUUAAAAAAAUAUGUUUAUUUUUUGAUAGAAUUUGGUAUUGUCAGCAGUAUGACAUAAGUAUACCCAGUUUGCAGUCGAUACCACAUUGGGAAGUGGGUAAAAAUUGAGUUACAAGAUUUGAGGAUACAACAACGACGACAAGAAGAACAACAACAACAGACAGUGAGUUAAAUAAAAGCGUGUAAAAAAAUGGUGCCAUUCAUUCAUCCCCAUCCUAUGAAGAGGCGUCAAGAGGUACAGUUCAGCACCUCCGAUCAGUACGGUUGGUUACGUACGGUGCGAAAGAAGUUCAUCAAUAAUUUAAUCAGCCAUAACAGUCCCGCUGAUUAUUAAAUUUUGCAAUGUGUUCGAAGUCUCGUAAUAAACACUUUUUUUAAAAGUAUACACACUAAGGCCGAUGGAAAGCGGGCGAAAGCUCGCGACUGGCGGUCACCCCCCCCCCCAUGCCCAGUGUCUGGUACGCCCCAUGUCGACACCGAGGAGGCGAGCGGUGGCGCUGUGGUGCGCGCGCUCUCUGAUUAUUGAUCCCGGCCGAUGCUGAGUUCAAUUCAUUGCUCGAGUUCAAUUGAUUCUGGGGGCCUCCCUCAGAAUCAAUUGAACCCGGCCGGGGGCCUCCCCCCAAUUGAUUCUGGGAGCCUCCCAGGGAUACAGUAUAUAAGUAAUAGUUACAUAAUGUAUAUGUACAACUGAAUGCAGGAGGCUACAGCACUUCCUGCAGGAGAAAGUGUGAAGAUGGCAAUGCCAUUCUGCAUAAAUGUUGUGUUAAUUAUAAUAUUUAUGUACCGAUACAUAUACUCGAUACAUCGCUGCAUACUCGAUGUGCAUCAUGCAAAGGUUAUAAAUAUAUCCAGUAUCCAUAGAGGCAUCAUCCGUCAUUAAAAAAAAAUUCGUAAUAAAUCAGCCUCUGCCAGAAGUGGCAUGAUAAAAUUAACUGAGCAAUUUCAUGGGACAGCAAUUUGAACUGCUUGUUUUAAAUGCUUCCAACAUAUUCCUUCAAUUAAAAAUCCGUAAAUGUCGAGAACAUUUGCCGUAACAGAAAAUAAAAGUGUUGGCUGGAGAAGCACGCGCGGAUUCCACAACACGUGCAUCGCACGUACCGCACAAAAGUUACGUGCACGAGGCAAAAAAACCCCACUAAUUCCGGAAGAACUACACAUUAUAGUAAUCUUUUCUCGAGUCGCCAUGAACACAUUGAGCAUCUGUGACCAACAGGACAGGCAGCAGUGAGACAGAGGCAGUUAUAGACUGGCGUGCCUUAUUUAGGACGUAUCACUUUAGUAGUCACCAAUGCUCGCUGCUGCCAAGUCUGUCUUCAGGGAACAAAACCGGGAACAUAUUUCUGAUAUACUUGAAGGGGUUGUUAUAUUUUUUUAAACCAAAAAUCUAGAGUGACUUUCAACAGCGCAUAGCAGAAGCAUUUGUAACCAUCACCGCCGAGAUGUUGGAGAACACACAACAGGGGGACGAUCCGUGCAUGUGGCCAUGGUGCCGUGAACGAACUUUUGAACGCAUUGCGGUAAAUUUUGGCAAAUCCCAUUUAUGGAAUUGUUUGUUUUCUUCCACGGAGGGGGCGGUGGUGGUGGUGGUGGUGUGUGCGGGUUUCGGAGAAAGUCCGACGUAUAACAACGGCGAAUAAUUUACUCAAAAGUUCCGCGCAACGAGGAUCCCGCGUGUAGUCAUCGCUUGGUCACAUGGCGGAGAGGGCGUUGGCGUCAGUCUUAGGAAUCUCUGCGCGAACCACCGCAAAAAAAAGCAUCGCUCCGAACGGAAUGAACGGGAGACGAACGUCUAGCUCGGGGAAAAAAAUGUUCAGCAGAACGCGUGCGUCAAGUUACAUACACAGAGGUGGGAGACAUGUACAUACACAGAGGUGGGCGUCAUGUACAUACACAGAGGUGGGAGACAUCAACUCGCUGCCAGCCACCCCUCCCUCUGGGGGGUGCAAACACCACGCGUUACAUCUCAGCUGGGCUGGGUGUCUCUUCAAUAGGCGCGUCACAAAGCCUCUGCCCACACAUUUCCUGUGCGCAUUGUGGACAUUGACACUUCAUUCCUUAAAUAACCCAUUUGGAAGAAGAAGAGCAAAAAAAUGCAGACAUUAUUCAAACAUCCGGAAAAAGAGGUUGUGAGACGCGCAUUCGCCGUAUUGUGUUGGUGUGUGUGCCUGAUCCAACACACGCCCCUUUGGCAAGGACCCUUCAUAUAAGCCAGUCCCGCGUGUCCCGUCUCAUUCCGACCGACACACUAACCCAGCACCAGCGUGGGUCACUCUUUCCUCCAUCCAACAUCACCAUCCAACAUCAGUACAGCAAUCGAGGGUCACUCUUUCCUCCAUCCAACAUCACCAUCCAACAUCAUCACAGCAAUCGAGGGUCACUCUUUCCUCCAUCCAACACCCCAUCCAACAUCACCAUCCACCCAACAUCAGCACAGCAAUCGAUAUCGGCAGACGCAUCAGCAGGCCGAACACGUGUUUAUAAAGUGCAGCGCCUCCGCGCUCUGUAAACACUUCACUCGGAGCGCGCUAAUUGCGGCACGCAUCGAAGGGGGAAGGACGAGGACUGUGCAUCAGCUAUUUAUUAUUUCUAAAAUUAACCUUUUCUUUCCCCCCCCCCACUACCGAAUUCAUUCCAGCGACCUCGUUCUCACUCCAGCCGAUAACAAGCAAUAAGAUGAUGAUGAUGAAAAUGUUGACGAUAACGACGGUGACGGUGAUGACGAUUCUACUACAACUGCAGUUGACUCACGCGACCCGAGUGUCGUCGCCCUACCCCGGCAAGGACUCACAGCAACAACACGGACAGCAGCAAGAAGAAGAGCAGCAGCAAGUGCAGAACCAGCAGUUAGAGCCCUUCGAGUGGAAGGGCUACGCCGUGGACUGCCCGGGCUGCGAGGCCUUCUCGUGCCCCGCGCUGCCCGCGCGCCGCUGGUGUCGCCGCGCGGUGCCCGACGACUGCGGCUGCUGUUCGGUGUGCGCCGCGGGCCGCGGGGAGCGCUGCUACCCGGCCGUGGUGGGGCUCAACUGGCUCAAGUGCGCCAAGGGGCUGCGAUGCCGCCCGGCGGGCGAGGACGAGUUCGGCGACACGUACGGCCUCUGCGAGGACUGCCCCGCAGGCACGUACGGGUUGGGCUGCUCGGGCGUCUGCAACUGCCUGUCGGGCCGCUGCGAGCCAGAGAGCGGCAAGUGCCACCGUCUGCCGUUCGUGCAGAACGCCGCCCGCCCGCCGCCCAAGAAGCGUCUGGCCGCCUCGCACACGAGCUAUCGCUGGCACAGAACUGGAUAAGAGAGAGAGAAGACUUCCCCCAUAUGAAGCAGAGACAGCAGGAUCAGUCUUUGGGUCUUUGGGGGAACAUCUUUUGAGCAUAUGUAUUAAGUAUAGUAUUCAAUAAAUUAAAGUGCCCUUUAUUGUAGUGAAGCAGAAAAAUGUAUUUCUUGCAAAUAAGAAUACAAUUUUACCUUUAAGAUAUUUAUAGCAGGCAGCCGGUUUUAAAAUCAAUUUUGCAAAGAUCAACAGUCGUGGGAAGUUAACCAUUGACCCUGUUUAAACUGGAAUUCUGCAACCUAUACCAAAGCAUCAUGGCACCAUUUAUAAUUUCUGUAGAAUGGAUGCAGUUUGGACAUGGGCGUGUUUGUGAUGACUAUAGAAGCCCAAAGCCAGUUGAUACUUCCACUUUGCCCGAUGUUGGGUGUGUUGAGAGGAUGAUUUUGGAUGACAGGCAAGUGGGAAUUCUGCACACGAUCAGCAGCUAUAGGGUUUGAGUGUGGAAACAGCUAAUUCGGUUCAUAAUGACAAGUUUAAUUUCCAAAAAAGUGUUUACCCAUUGUGUGACAGAAAUGUUAUUGGAAAACAACAAAAUGAAUCACAUUUGUCUUGCAUUGUCGGCCAGAUUUCCAAGUGAAUACAUUUCUCUCAGUGUAGCAGGUCCACUCUUUGAUAAACAUUGUCUUGAUCCAUAUAGUUGUCAUCAUAUUGCAGCCUUAUUCUUGAUAAAUGGCAUUUGUCUUCGAGACUCUCGGAGGACCAAAAACGAAAAACAGCUCGUGACUCUUCCAAUGUUCGGUGACAAAAUAUGGGAACAAAACAAUUACAGGCAGUCCCCAGGUGUUGCAAAACGGUUAGGUUCCUCAGAAACGAUCCAUAACCCGAAUUUUCCAUAUGUCGGAAAUAGUUGUGCCUCCCCUACUCGAUUGCUAGUUCGUUUUCUCUCAGUACUGUAAAAUAAUUACGUAACGCUACGAAAAAAAAUCUGUUUACCUUUAACCUAAUUAAGCUCGGGCUUGGUGAAGGCGGCGUUUUUGUGGUGUGAGGUGUGAGGUGUUUUGCCUUACGCCUCGCUCUGCGGUAUUCAACCGCGACCUAACCGUGCUGCACUAUCCGCGCGUUCGUAACUAACGCAAAAAAAAUCAGCUUUUUUUUUUUACACAAUUUACGGGGAUAUUUCCUGAAAGUCGGAUUUCCAUAAGUUGGGGCCUUCUGCAACCCGGGGACUGCCUGUAUAUGUUAUAUUGUACACAGUCAAGUGCCAUUCACUACACAAUGCUAAAAUAGUUCUGAUAUAUGUCAGAGAAAUAUUAAUAGUCUCCUUACUGAAACACUUUAUUUUAGGUCAUCACAAGCUCAUAAAUCUAACACGACUCGGUGAACUUCCUACCAACCUCUCCAAGACUGUUCAUCGAUUGUGUGGUUUCAGCCUCAUAGUUUAGUGACACGGGAAUUCAGCUAUUAGGAUAACAACAUAUGUGCUUCAUAUGUGGGCACCCAUGCAGAAAUUAAGAUUUAUUUUUGUACAAAUGUUUCUUUAAAAAUAUAUAUUUAAUAUGUUAUUAUUAUUAUCAUUGUAAGAACAGGGCUUUUCGUUUCAUUGUAUUGCAAAAAUGUAAGUCAAAAGCAGACACAGUGCCCUUGAAUGGAUGUAAUAACAUUCACCUGUUGACCGAUUCUCGUGCUGAAGAGUGUUUUACCCACAUCAUUCGACAAACACAAUCGGCGUAUACUCCGGGGCUAUGAGACGCACCCCGGAUAGCCUGAACAGACUCCCAUAAUAAAGGGGUUUUUUUGGGGGGAGGGGGGGGCACAAGUGCUGUUAGCGAGCACCUAUGAAGGCCGGCACGGCACAUGAGGGGGUAGGUGGCUAGCACCACACUCGUCCGCCUUUCUAUACGAAUCUGGUCACAUGCACGGACCCCGAGCGGAUUAUGAGACGCACCCCAAAAUAUUGCUUUUAAAUACAGGGGGACAGAGCACCCUUUCUCCUCCAGACAAUACGGUAACAGCACAGUUCACAUACUCAACAAACCGUAUAUAGAGUUUUCUCUUUUCUGUGAUUGAUUCGAUAUUUUUUACAGAAAUAAUAUAUUUUGUUAGCUAAGUUAAAUUUAAAUGAUAAGAUUUAUUUAAACGGACAAGAUUCCUUUAUUCGUGUAUUGCGUGUGGCAAAAUGCGUGAUAUGUGCUACGUGUACGUUUUAUAUUUCUAUUUGGUUUCUUAAUGGGUGCGUUAAGAAAUGUUUGAUUUAUAUUAACAUCGAUAAUAUGGUUAUACUGUUUACAGUGUUAAACCGGUUUUUUGUGUUUACAAUGCAUUAGUUAUAAACGUUUUGCAUAGACAUUAAUACAUUUAUGGAUAAUUUCUCUUUGUUUUCAUCUUGCUUCUUUGUAUAUGGAUAUUAUUGUAAAUUAAAUAUAAUUUAUCAUGUGUCAA